CUCCAUUCGAGUGCUACUCUGCCUAUAAAUAUCGUUGAAGGAGAAUGUCAAUCUUCUCGGCUACUGCCGAAGUCCCGCCUAAAUGUAAGUACCUCAGCCUAGCAACUUUUCUGGCGUGUCCCAUCCCAUCCCCCGUUGUUGGUGCUCACAACUUGUACUCCCAACCUUAUAUAUUACCAGUUUCACGUGUGAGACGACUUCUAAUAAGCGCUACUAGAAUAUUCGCGUAAAUGAGAUGUUUUCUCUCCAAGUAGUACAAUACAAUAUACAGCCAACCGUACGCUUCUGACUGCGUCUGUCACAGUAACACUAUCCUUCUCUCUCUCCCAUGGCAGCAAUCGCACAUGCUCCCUGCAGUUCCCAAGAGCCCAAUCGCGGCCUGACAUGAACCCACACCAAAAAAACACGAUGACUUCACCCUGAAAACUGCUGGCCUCGUCCUUCGACGACGUCUCAAGAUGGUUAUGAAUAAGCAUCCCAUGCGUCCGUUAACGGCAUAUGCAUCGCGGCGGACCCCUAAGCGAGGCCUGUUUGUAGGUCGUGGAGUUCUUUAUCGUCUAGUCUUCCAUAUCGGGUCAUCAAAUCCAGCACGUCGAUAACUCCCCGCUUGGGUCAGUGUAGAGUACAUUAGCCCUCCACACCUUGGAAUCCUUUUCCUCCACUCUUGCUCUUACGUGUCUCCACAACCAAAGCCUGAAAUGCGCAGUUUGGUAAUAUGUGCUGUAGUUGGCGAACCCCAAGAGUGACGAGUAAUGACACUGAUAGUCGCAGAGCGAGCGUUCCACUCCCACUGUGGCCACCUAGGUAGUCUUCGACCAGACAACGCCCAUUGAUUGGAUUGCUGCUCAAGACAAGCGCUGGAGCACUGCACUUGCUCCAAUCGUUCCAUGCUUUCAAACUUCCGGCACAAUAUCCUUUUCGAGAAACGCUUUCCAUAGAACAUCUCGCCCAUGAAAGCUUCUGCAUGGCCAUCCGAGCAUCCCAGUCCAGCGUGCUUGAAAGUUCCGACCAUGUUCCCAAUGAGCAGUCUAGCCACAAGGGACAACUGGGCGCAUUGUUUGGGACGAUAAGCUUGCUGCGAGAAAGGGGAAUGCGUGUCAGGUAUCGCGAGACAAUCUGGUCCAUAUUUCUGCUCUCGCGUGGUGUGGGAACAGCAAAUUUGAUCCAGCAAAAAAAGGUGUGGAGGAACUCUACCAGGGGAAGCCGGAUCGAAACAUCAAGGACGUGCAAGAAUUGCGGUUGAUCGCCCGGUAGCGCAUUGCCUAGGUUGGACUGGGGCACCGUCGAUUCCUCUGGCCUUGAGUGUGUUAAUAAAAAACAGUGUGGAGGACGGGUCGAGUAAGCAUCAGAUAUAAAGUAGAUACCGUCAUUCAGAGAACAACAUUUCAAACUUCACUCUCCCAGACUUCUCAACCAACAUCCAAUUCUGUAUACUUAUACAGUCGAAAUAACCGAUUGCCACUGACAUCAUUCCAUAUCAACCUCAACCGACAACCGAUUCACUGUAUACUUAUACAGUCAAGAUAACCCAUAACCACUAACAUCAUUCCUUCUCAACCUCAACCAACAACUCUUUACUGUAUACUUAUACAGUAAAAAUAGCCGAUAACCACUUAUAUUAUUUCAACCAACAAUACACUCACGUUGUUGGUACGGUCCCCGGUUCCGCUUGCCCCGAAUUACACCGAUCUACGGCUUCCACCGCUUUCCACAACCACACUAAGACCUCAACCAACAUCCUAACCGCCGUAUCGCAUCCCAAAUAUUCAACCACGCCAUACCUUUGGUUCCUAGUAUUCUCCCGAGCAUUCCAUUCACUGUAUCCUUGAUAAACAGUUUAUGAAAAGGACCUCAAGGCCUCAAGCAACUUUCUUUUAUCCACACGCACAUUGAAAACUUUGCUAGAAGACACCAAACUCAUCCAAUUCUGAUACCCACACGACUCUGUGCAACGAUACCUUAUACGCAAUUGUAAGUGCAAGCUCUUGUCUUUCUCAAGAAAGUAGUGGUGAUGGAUUUUUCCAACCAAGUGGUGAUAUCAACAUGAUAUCAUGCCCCUGGCAGCAAUCUUGGUCAAGCAGUAUACUUGGUGAAGAGAAAAGAAGUAUUUGUCUUCUAUCUCUAAGCGAAGUACACUGCUUCAAAGCAUCAUUCGACCCCAAUUUGCUUUUUCAAUGAUAUGCUUUUCAAGGACCAGAAGAAAAACAAAUGACAAAGCACUUCUGACAAAAGAAUAGCAAAGACGACGACAACAAGUAUAAACUACCAACAAUACAACAAAAUGGCAACUCCAGAAGUUUUCGGCCACGGCGCACCGGAAAGAUUUUACUCCAAGACACUUAGCCCUACUCGGGUUAACCCCUCAACCAAAGAAACACAAGAGAGCCUCAAGCGUUCCUUUGCUAAGUAUUUGGCAUCAGACAAUGCUGCGGCCUUUGGAAAGCUUUUCAGCCCAAGUAAGCAUCUCGCUUACGAGGAACCAAAACAAAUCCAUAGCAUGGAGGAUAUUGGAUAUCCUGCUAGCAAUGGUAUCUCCCCUGUCGCAGUCUCUGAACCUUUCCAACUCUUCAGUGAGGAGGCUAUCAAUAUCAUGAGAAGUGAGAUCCUUCAAAAGGAGGUACAAGACAACUAUUCCUUCACAUCCGAUAUCGCUCCCAGACAGAUCAGAGGAUAUGCCCCAAAGUAAGUCUCGAAUUGUUUAUUUAACAAUCAUGCACCAUAAACUAACCGUUGUAGGCAUGGAAAGUUCAUCUUCGAGGCAUGGAAGAACCCUGAGACUCUUGCAAUCAUCUCCAAGAUCGCUGGUGUUGACCUUGUGCCUGUCAUGGAUUAUGAGAUUGGCCAUGUUAACAUGUCCCUUCCUGGAAAGAAGAAUGACUAUGAUGACAAACUCAUGAUCUCUGAAGAAGAUGAUGAGCCCAUUGUUGGAUGGCACCGAGACAGCUACCCAUUCGUCUGCGUCUUGAUGAUGAGUGACACGACUGGUAUGAUUGGUGGUGAGACCGCUUUGAGAGCCGGUAAUGGCGAUAUCAUGAAAGUCCGGGGACCAACCAAGGUAAGGGUGAACCACAACCAGGCCGGUAUCAUUUCUGACAGUUGCAUUAGGGCUGCGGUGUUGUUCUCCAGGGCCGAUACAUUGAUCACCAGGCGUUACGUGCAUACGGAGGCCAGGAGAGAAUGACAAUGGUAAACAAUUUCUUUGCUCUCAUUUUCCCGUCAUUCUAUUUGGUGAUGUGUUCUCAAGUCGAACCCUUUCUAACACAUCAUAUUUUAGGUCACUUCCUUCCGCCCACGCUCUGCUGGCUUGAGAAACGAUUCCGUUUUGACCACCGUCCGUCCCAUUUCGAACCUCUCAGAUCUCUAUGGUCAAACCAUGGAGUACGAACUUGAAAACUGCGAGGUCCGAAUUCGGGAUAUGUUGAAGCACAUUCGUGACUCGAUGAAAGCUGGCGCAACGGAUGUCAAGGCGAUUAAGGCAUUCCUUGAUUUUGAGAUCAAGACAUUGAAUCAGCUGAAGACGGAAAUUGUCGAUGAGACAUCUGUUCAGAAAGGCCGUCUCGCUGAAGUUUGUGCAGAGGCAGCCGCUGGUUCUGGCAAGCGCAAACGUAUUGAAUAGACCAGAGGGUUUGGCGCUGUGGAUGGUUUCUCUACAAGGUAUUCGAACAAUGCCGCAGUGGUAUAUCGAAGGUCGCUUGUGGUAGAAUUUCGGUUUUGGGGAGUCGCUUUGGAGUGAAUUCUGGCGAGCGAGGUGUGUGUUGCUUGGGUGUUGGCGUGGUGCUUGGGACUUGAGCAUCACGGUUACUUUGUUGCUUUGGGAUCAUUCAUCUCAUCUUGCAAUGAAGGGCCCCUCUUCACAUCCUCAAAGAAUCGUUGACCCGUUGGCUGAAUUUCAUGGUAUAAGAUUUCAUCGGAUUGAGUGUAGUUUGAGAAACUGGAUUUUUAGCAACAGGGGUGGAAUCCGGACUUGGACUUGGAACUGGACUUGGGGGAGUUGAUUGAUAUUUAGUAUGCGAUGCGAAUACACACACUGGC